CCUAUUCCUCCCUACUUCCUUACUUCCAAUAAUUCAUAUGUGCUAUACCUAUUUUGCCGGAUACGAGUCAAAUUGACUCACCGUUUUAGACACACGUAACUUAUUUCCUUUGCAUAAAAUUCUUUUGUAAACGUUCUGGUAGGAGAGUUUUCAUGUUAUAAUUUAUUCAUUCAAUGCUGUAAAAUUAUUUGUUGCAAACUAUCCUGUUGAAAUCUUUCAUUUUGACUUAUGGCACCGGAGAAAGUAGUGCAUUUGUCGCAAAACAAAACCCGAUAACUGUAGGCAUUGUGUCUAAAAGAAAGAAACAGGUAGCCAGAUUGUAUUAGAGGUCAGUGGCUGUAACCCGAUGCAAUGUUAUGACUAGCUCGCGUGCGACAACAAAGAGCGACAGAGAAAGCAACUGUCUUUCUUCAUGACUUCUUUAGAAGAUAAAUUCGAAGCUGGCAGUUGUCGAUCGGCCAGCGAAGUGUAUCUUCACAGUGCUUCAUUUGUGUUGCUAAGUGCCCUAUAUAACAUUUUGUCUUUUGAAGGAUUUUUACGAACUAAGAUUAGGGUUGAUAUUAUGGCAAAACAUCGAAGAGAUCUCGAAUUGCCAAAAAAACUGACGCAAAUAAGGGAAUGCCAAUCAGACAUAGAAUCUGAUGCAUCUGAUGUGGAACUGAAUGAAAUCGAAAAUGAAACGGAGAAUCAACCUAAUAGCAUUGAAUUUUCGAGCAGUGAAGUUUCAACACAUAAAGCUGCUGAUGGGACAUUAUGGGAAACAUUGAAAGAUAGUAGAAAUACUGGUAGAUUUCCCAGUCAUACCAAAUUCAAAGAUGUCUCAGGGGCAACUUCUUAUGCCAAAAGAAAAGUAAAACUUGGUUGUGUAAAAGUGCUUUCAAUUUGA